AUGGCCGCCUCAGCUUUUGCGAGAUCGCUCCCGACGACGCUGAGCUCUCGGACCCUCUUCGUCAGAUGCACACCGGCGCCCACCAGCUUCACGGAGCGCCGCGCCGUGCUGAAGGUGUUGCGCACCACGGCUGGCAACCCGGAGAUCGAGGUGUUCAAGAAGCUCGAGGAUAAUUCGUCUUUCAUAGCCGUGACGAAAGAGGUAUCUGCGGCGACAGCGCUGGUGACCGACUCGCCCUUCAAACGAAUCGUCUACACGCAAGAUCGGGCGGCCGCCGCGACGUUCGCGACAACCGCCUGGGGCUCUACUUUCCGGUCCUCGCUCACCGAGCCCAUAAACAUCCGACCAUUCACGCCUGUCUUGGCAGAAAAUCACGAAAAGGCGAAGACCGGGAGCGAGCUCGGGCUCAAGUCCAAGAUCUUCACCGUCCACGUGUUCCCUGCCAAUGCCUCGUACGACCACCACCGCGCCGUCAAAUUGAAUCCUCUCCAUGGCCCAUGGCCAGACAAUGGCGUUCGCCAAACAUACAUAUCGGCCGCAAUGAGACUAGCCGUGACUCCGGGUCCCAUGACGGGUGCUCUUCGCGACUGGGAGACGGGCCAUCAGUCAUCAGACAACCCGGCGGGAAUAGAGGACGAAGGUGCGGAAGCCUUGCUCGGGUCCUCCAAGAGAGGAUCGUAUUUCAUCAAGGAGCGCUUGCGGAAAAGGCAACUCGGAAAGGUCCCGGACGUUAUGCAAAGUCUAGCUGCGGUCGCCAGAGCCGCACCUCCGUCGCCUCCUCCCAAAGCAAAUCAAACAGCUGGCGCGACAGAAUCUGAGGAAACUACUCAAACUACGGGACGGAUGUUGGAUUUUGCAAAAUCCUCUGGGGGUUCCCAAGGACGUCCAGACAAGGCUGGGCAUGGGACAUCUCUCAUGAGCGACGGAUCUUUCAAGGGAGCUUUGCUUGGGGGCGAAGUGCCAUCAGACGGCAAGAAAAGCGAGAAAAACAAGAGAGAGAGCAAGAGCAGGGGUGGCAGAAAGAGUAAGGGGAACAGUCAAGCCUCGAACAGCGAACCCGUAUCGCCAUCUAAUUUCUACAAUAUGUUCGGAACAUCUCAAAAAUGA